AUGCCCGUCAACGUUGCUCUUAUCGGAGGAGGAAUAUGGGCCCAGGAGGAGCACCUGCCCGCAGUCGAAGCGGCCGAAGACCUCGAAUUGAAAGCCAUCUUCUCGCGCUCGCUUGCGUCUGCAACAUCCGCCGCCGCUCUCCUCCCGCGUCCAGUCGACGUCUACUCCGAUGAAUCCGGCGACGGGUAUUCCGAAAUCCUGGCCCGAUCGGAUAUCGACGCGGUGGUCAUCUCCCUGCCCAUCGCCAACCAGGGCAAAUACAUCCGAGCCGCACUGUUGGCCGGAAAGCACGUACUCUCCGAGAAGCCUGUCGCGGAGAACGUCGCAGAAGCAGAGGAGCUGAUUAGGUGGUAUCGCACCGAGAUCAAAGGCGCUACAUGGGCAGUCGCAGAGAACUUUCGGUUCCUGGAUAGCUACGCGUAUGCUGCGGAUCAGAUCAAGACACUGGGGAGGAUUAUCGGGUUCCAGGGACGGCAGCAGGGAUUCGUCGAGGUCGAUUGGAAGUUUAAUCUCACCUCGUGGCGCCGCUCUCCCACACACCAGGGCGGCUACAUCCUCGACGGCGGCGUGCACUACAUCGCCUCCCUCCGCACACUCCUAGGUGCACAUCCGGGGAACGAAAUCGCGCGCGUUUCUGCAUUUACAAGCCAGCUCCAGCCGUACCUCCCGCCCGUCGACACAGCCGACGUGAUCCUGCGCACGAAGUCGGGCGUCACGGGGACAUUCCAGAUCUCGCGCGGGACGAGCCUCCGCGCUGAUGAGUGGACUGUUGCGUGUGAGCGUGGGUGGGUUACCGUCCGCGGGGAGGAAGUGAGUGUCUCGAGAGGUGGGGAGGUUGAGGUGCAGAGGGUACCGAAUGAGAGAACGGGGGUUCCGCCUGAGAUUAGGGCAUGGGGGAAGGCGGUUCUAGAGGGGAGGGUAGUCCCAGAGCAGGAGCCUGAGGCGGCUUUGGCGGAUCUUGAGGUGAUUGAGCUUAUCUUGAAGAGUGGGGAGAAUGAUGGGAUUCCAAUCAAUGCGAAGCACCAAGUUGUGUAG